AAUAAUAAUAAUAGCAUUGGAUUUGAAUAUCAUAUGAAUAUAUAGUAAUUGUUUUGUUAACCGAAACAUAUCAUCGAUGACAGACACCGACCACUUGAAGACAUAUUGUCUAAGAACUAGUAUUCAAUGUCAUUCAUCUGACAUCCGAUGUGUGUCCGCACUACCGAACGGUGGUUUUGUCACCGGAUCUCGAGAUAAGACAUGUAAAGCCUAUUUACCCAUUGAUAAUAUCAAUGGUUUCAAUGAAGUCCAGAAUCUUCUCGGACCAGAAAACUAUAUCUCUAGUAUCUGUUGUCUCAAUACUAACAACGAAACCUUUAUUUUUGUUGGAAGUAAUGAUUCAAACAUUUAUUGUUAUUCUUUGGAAAACUCUGAACCCAUUUACAAACUUCAAGACCACUCGGGAACAGUUUGUGCUUUAAGUGUCAACAAUGAAAGAGCACUUGUAGUGAGCGGUUCUUGGGAUCAGACGUGUCGAGUCUGGAAAGAGAAAAAAUGUGAAGCAGUACUCGUUGGUCACGAGGCAGCCGUUUGGAGUACAGCUGUCAUUGGGGAACAUGUGUUGACCGGUUCGGCAGAUAAGACAAUCAAGUUAUGGAAAUUAGUACCUAAUGUUGAAUGUAUUAUCACAAUGAGUGGUCACACGGAUUGUAUUCGUGGCUUAUCUGUUAUAUCAGACACUGAGUUCAUCUCAUGUUCUAAUGACGCAUCUAUUCGUCUUUGGAAUAUAAAAGGAGAGAUAGUCCGAGAAUUUUAUGGACACGAAAACUACAUUUACUCGAUCGCCAACAUUACCGGUGGCCACGAGUUUGCCUCUUGUAGUGAAGACAGAACUGUCAGAAUAUGGAAUAAUAAUGACUCUAAAGACAAACAAACCAUACCAUUGCCGGCAACAACUCUUUGGUCAAUAACUCGACUCUCAAACAAUGAUUUAGCAAUCGGUUCGUCGACCGGAAAGAUAUACAUUUUUACAAGAGAUGAUAAACUAAAGGCAAAACCUGAAGAACUUAAACUAUUAGAAGAAGAAUUGGCAAAAUCAACACUACAUGUCAGUGAUAUCGGAGACAUCAAAGUAAGUGAAUUACCCACUGCUGACACAUUGCUUAUGCCGGGAACUAAAGACGGACAAACCAAACUCGUCAAAGAUGGUGAUAAAGUGACAGUUCAUAAUUGGGACGCCACUAAACAACAGUGGAUUAAAAUUGGUGACGUUGUCGGUGCCGCCGAUACUAAUAAAGAACUUUAUGAAGGAGUUGAAUACGAUUAUGUAUUUUCUAUUGAUAUCGAAGAAGGAAAGCCACGCUUGAAAUUGCCGUACAAUAAGAAUCAAAAUCCAUACGCAGUCGCCCAGGAUUUUAUAGAUAAACAUAAUUUAAGUCAACUCUUUUUGGAUGAAAUCGCAAAUUUUAUAAUCAAAAACACUUCAACUCCAGCGACAAUUAGUGGACAAAAUUGUGAUCCUCUAACUGGAGGCUCAAGUUAUUCAACACAACAAAAUGGUUCAGUAGUUCAACCGAUGGAUAUUUCGGUAAAUAAUGAUUUUCCAGCAAAAGGACUUUUUCCACAAGAGAAACAUAUAUUAUUUGAAUCGAUUAAUGUCGAGGGAAUCGCUAAAAAGUUGAAAGAAUUUAGUGAUUUAUUAUCACCCGAAUUGCGUCUCGAGUCGGAUGACAUUCAAAUACUUUUAAGAUUAUCUGACUUAUCAUUUGAAGUCGAACCGAAACAAUUGAGACUAAUUCGACAUUUACUUUCGUGGCCUAAGUUGUAUAUAUUUCCUGCACUCGAUCUGAUUCGCGCAAGUCUUCUGUUGCCACAAAUCAAUGAAGAUCUUUGCGCUUCAAAAGAUUCGAUGCGACUCAUCGAUACACUUCUUGUUUGUGGUACGGAUGCAAACUCUACACCAAAUCAAUUGGUCGCUUAUCGGGCCAUUUGUAAUUUGUUUGCUCAUCCAGUUGGUCAACAUUUAGCUUUAGCUAACGGUUCUAUCAUUUUUAAAGCGUUAUCAAAGCCAUUGUCAACUAAUAAGAAUGCAAUGACAGCUUUGUCCACAAUUUUUCUUAACUUUGCCAUAACUUUUAAUAAGACAAAUGAACAGAAUUCAGAGCAAAAAUUUCAAUGCUUUACAACUGUUAUCAACCAUUUGAAUGAAAUCAUUGAACCCGAGGCUGUAUAUCGACUUCUGGUUUCUUUGGGAACUCUAGCUUUCAAUGACUCGAAUAUUAACAAUCUUUUUAAAAAUGAAGAACUAUUGGAUUUACUUAAAAAGAUUAAAAGUAAUAUAAAGGAAGAAAAAGUUGUCAAAUGUGUUGAUUUACUAUUAGAAAUGUGAUUACUUGUGAUUUCUUAAUAUUUUAUAUAUUUUAUAUAAUA